AUGUGGCCCGUUCCGGGGUCCCCAUCCGGGAAGACGGCAAUGGCCAGCGCAGCGGAGUUUGCAGGUAAUGGCUUUUAUACUUCGCUGCCAAGUCAUUGUUUGACCACCUCUUGCUCUCUUCUAUCCUUCACGUGGUUGUGCGAAAAGAGCCCUCCGAGGAAGUCGGUCGACUGGAAUACGCAGCACGUGGCCAAGCCAGCGCAACCUGUGCAGUGUGAUCACUUCAUCUACCGAGGUUCUGUCAUGUCGGACCGUUUGGGCAGAUCACGCACUUUCGGAAAAGGCACUGUGAUCUACGCAACCGACGGGGCUUUGAACUCUCUUGCUGUGAAUUCUAAAGCUGAGUUACUGGCCACCGCCGGAAGGAAUACCUUCCACGUAUUCUCCAUCCACCCAGACAAGUUCCUCUCUAUUCCUCGAGCCAAGUCCACUUCACGUCUUUUUGUCCCACCCAACGAUUCAGUUGUUAAUGGCCUAGAUCAUAACUCAUCUUUGGGCAGUCCACUGACGGCUCAGUCUUCGCAAGUAUCCUGUCCCCGGGCUCAUAGUGUGACCGAUGUCACCUGGUCUUGUGCAGAUAAUGUGCUUGCUACGGGCUCGAGUAAUGGUGCGAUAACGCUUUGGGAAGUCGGUUCAGCUAUCACGCAACGUAGCCCUUACCCCCCGUAUUACCUACCAAUCUUCAUACUACCAUACUACUUACUUUCAUCGGAUGGACAAAUUAAAGCACCCGUCAGUAAAACGAUAUUUGAAGAAGACGGCUCAGUAGUUCAUCCACAAAAACGCCGACUGUGCAGAUGUACCGAACACUCCGAAGAACAGUUUGGCUGGACUUUAGCAACACGGCUUCUGGAGGCAGUGAAUGCGGACGAAUGGAAUGUGAGACUUUAUUGUCCCCCAAAGGAAGAUUUAGAGUACGAAAGCGACACUCGCGAAUCCAACCCCGGUACAUCACCUCGAACUUUCAUUCAACGCGCGGCUGUACCUAGCCCAGUUCGAGAUGUCACCUACUGCCCUCGUAACAGUUAUCUGUUUGCUGCAGCUCAAGAGAAUGGCACACUGUCCAUCUGGGACACUCGUCAAUCUGGUCGUCCAUACCUUGCCUUCCAGGGACACUCCUGUUCCAUAGCGUCUCUUGAUUGGCUUCCAAGUUGGCCAGGAAUCAGUCGAAAUUGGCUAGCCACUGCGGGUGCUGUGGACCAUCUCAUCAAAGUUUGGAAUUUCAGUCAGCUUCCUUCUGGUCAAUCUGCUUGUCCGCCAGUGGUCUACACAGUUCGCACAAGCAAUGUCAGUCGGGUUCGAUGGAGACCGGGAGUUCCCACUCAGCUAGUCUCCAGUUGCAAUCAAACAUUCGACCUCAGUGCCUACCUGUGGGAUCUUAAAAGACCCUAUCUUCCGUACGCUGCAUUUGAGGAACACAAGAGCAUCGUAACGUCUAUAUCAUGGUGUCCUGCCGAAACAGACUAUUUCUACACUGUCGGACGUGAUGGCCUGCUUAUCCGCCACUGUGUGGCAGAUGGUGUUCGCCCCGCGGAAAGCGCCUCUCCAGUUGCCCUUGCCUUCAGUCCACGGGGAAAUUUAGCCCAUGCCGUCAGUCGGGAUCGAGUGUUGGCCGUACAACCGCCACCGGUUGUGGACGAAACCAACGUGGUUACACAGUCUAUAUAUUAUCCACCUCGGCGGACCCCCAGCAACCUACUAAACUCCACUACCGUCUCCACCUUGAACCCAACGGAUGCCCCACCUGGAUUCUACGCAGCCCCAUCUGUUGGAUCUUCGGACCAGCUGGGUUUGGCCAAUCUUCCUGAAAUGGGUUCCACACGAUCUGCAGAACUCUUUAUCAGUCAAGCACAAAGCUUGCUUUUCUGCUUUGAGCCCUCGUUUGAGGGGGAUUCCGUUCUUAUACAACAAGUGACGGAAGUUGGCAAAAGCCGCUUGCGCUUUGGUUAUCCGCGCGUUAACCUCAUCUGUUAUAGUGCAACAAAGGUAGAUGAACCGUCGUUGGUGCACGCGGAUUGGAUAAAUGCUGGCAACGCUCUCGUUCCCGAUCUGAUCAUGGCUCUUGCCAAGCAUUAUCGAUUUGUUGGACCAAGCGUGGAUUGGCUUGUUCAAUUUUGGUCAAUGCUGCGAGCCAUCUAUGGCACCAACACGAACUUUGCUGGGAGACGCAAAACAGCCAGUCUGCGUAGUUCAUCUGGCCCAAGCGCUGCCAAGCCGUCAGAGAAUAUUGCUGGGUCACAGAAUUCAGCGGCUGUCAUGUCACAGACACAAAAGUCUUCGAACGUGCGAUCGGGUUCGAAAAAACCACGCGAGCCUACUAAAGCCACUGGGAACCCAUUGAAUAUGCACGCAGCUUCCGUCAAUGCCAACGAACAUCGUUCGGUAAAGUCAGGCAAUGUGUUUUUGACUGAUGUACUCCGCGCAGUUGGGAUUCGUCCUGGUUCCUUGGAAUCCCCUGUGGGCCGCGCCACAUCUGUUGGAGUCAACCAACACGCUGAAGGUAAUGACUUUGAUGAAGGAUGGCAACCGGAUGCUAUCAAUUCUGAGAUGUGCGUUCCGGCCAGCCCCGAUCAGCGCGACCGUUAUCCUUCCAGCUCCAGGUUUGCAUCGGAUUUGCACAUUCCGAGCAACAAAAACUCACUAUCUCAGCCAGAACAAGUCAUGGGAUCUCAGGAAUUGGAAACGACAGCUGUUGUUUCCAAUACAAUUCCUAUUAGACAUCGGGCCGCGUCGAUUUCCAAAACUAGUCGGUCGCCUGGUUCUUCACAUUUGCUUGGAAUGUCCGCUUCCUCUGCACACACUUGCGAUAGUUUGGGAGAGCCGGUGGACUUUCUGUUUCAUUAUCCGAAUCACAUACCUCUGCAAGAUCCUUCUCUUCUGGAUGGACCAUGUAACGGGCAGCAGUUAUCUCACAGCGCACACCUGAGUUCGGGCGUCAACACGCGAGGAGAGAAAGAAACAAGCUACAUGCAUGAAAUUUGUGAACCUGAUGAUCCGGUUCCUUUGGAUGGUGGGUACAUACCAGACGAGGCGUUUCACGUUCGGCAUCCGUUCGAACGACAUCUGCAGGUUUCGCUCGAACCCAGAGAUGAAGAUGCUGCGAGCAAGCACGCGGCUGAGGAAGAAGGGUACGAGGCAAUGGGUGCUAGAUAUGACACAUCCAUACCGACCAAAUCGGCAACUUCGAAAACCCAUAGGAAUUUUUCCGGACUUCACAGAGCUGAGCGUGCUAUGCUGGAUUGGAUCCCAGUGAACAGUCGCCUUGGCGUCGUCCGGUUAUCGAGCUCAAUCAAGCUCAGUGCCUCUGCAAAUAAAAAGCGGUGCCUGUUUGUAGUGUCGGCUUAUGUUCCAACGGACUGCAGCUCCGAUGCUAGAAUGAUACUUUCUAUCGAGCGUUAUUCCAGUCUCAUUCGUCAAGCAAGAAUCACUGACAUUUCCACUGACAACAUUGCAUUUACGCAUCAAUUACGUCAGCUCCCGCCUCCAAUGCGCAGCUACCUACCACACCCCUCCAAAUCAUCGAUGAACGAAACUGUGGCUGGUAAUGAUGAUGAUGCUAGUCUCAGGCUUUUUGUGGCUCACGUCGUUGCUUCGAACCUCUUCACACACUUUAGUGCAGGCGUGCACAAAGACGCCGUUGAUUCAACGAUUGUCAACGAAUCUCGAGUGAACAAACCAGUGACAGAUGCCCAUGCUGACACCGGUGUCCAUCUGUUGGCUCCUUUCAACUCCGCUUUGGGUCCGUCACCGCGGCAUGCAGCGGAGUUAGGGACUCUUCAAUUGCCAGACGCUUCGUCUCUUGUUGUUCAGUGGUUAUACGAGUUGGUUGAGGCAGGUCACGUUCAGACUGUGUGCACUGCCCUAUUGGCUCUUGGCUCUGAACGUUUACGCAUCACAGAAUGGAUUACUGAGGCACGCAUCUCCAGUUGGUUCAUGGCCUAUCUGGCGGAGGCUGAAUCAGAUACCUACAAGAGCACAACCAUGGGGCUCUCUGACAGCAAACAGGAGUCUAGUAUUCGAACUCGUUGGAAAAGCGGUAGUACGGGUGGAGCCACAAGUCUGCUCAACUCCACAUCAAUGAGUGCUCUGGCGCCAGACGUUUCUUCGGCCAAUCAGACCUCCACCACAUUGUCCAUUCAUUGCGGUCGCUGUUCGAAACGUUUUGUUGCCACUGAGGCGACCCAGCUGGCUACCGGACACGCCGGUUGGGCUUGCUCACGGCACGCGAGCACAGCCGACGCAAUCAACGCCACAUGCGCUUUAUGCCACCAGACAGUUCGUGGAUUGUUUGUUUGGUGUCGGGGAUGCAGCCACGGCGGCCAUUUGGAACACAUGCAAUUCCGUGUGAUCGCACGGCCACAGAGAAUCACGAGACUCGUUGGACGGGACUACCGCAACCCACACUACUGGGCCAGCAUUCUGCUCACCGUUGUUCUCGUGUGCGGACGUUGGCACUGCACUAUGCUGUGUCUCAAGAUUACCAAAAGGGAUACUGAAAAUUUCAUCAACUGUGCCGGUGUGGUCAAGAGAGAAUGCGAGCGCUUUCAGCUCAGCUCCAUGAUGGAGGAUCAAUUCAAGUGUCUCAUCUUCGUGGCUGGUCUUCAAUCGCCACACGAUGCAGAUAUUCGGCCCCGACCUGAAGGUUCAAACAAAUUGGAAACUUUCAUACGUUACAUUGACCACACAGUGUAUGACUUCAAUGCAGAACGUAACGACUACGAUUCUGCGGUGACCUUACUGGAAAAACUUUACAUUCGCCCGAAAAACAUCCUGUAUGCACGCCAUCUUUUACCUACAUUUAAACAAGAACCUGGUCAAGAUGUCGACCAGUUCGUUCAAAAACUGAAGUCAAUUACUAAAAACUGUAAAUUCAGAGCAGUAUCUGCUGUGGAACAUACAAACGAAGCAGUUCGGGAUGCCCUGAUAACCGGACUGCAGUCGAAUACCAUUCGGGAGGAACUGCUAGCAUGGCAUGAAUUAGACCUUGAAAAGGCCCAUGAAGCCGCACGAGCUCUCGAACUUGCACAAACAGUCACAAUCAUAAACGACUUGAAAUCCUGGAAUUCUAACGCAAGCGCCAUCAAAUUGGAUGUAGCUGCUACAAAGCAGUGGUCGCUGGAUCGCAACUUUCCUCUGAAUGACGAAAAGUGCAUCCAUGUGUGA